AUGGAACCAAUGAACCAUACAUGGGUUGUGGAAUUCCUUCUCCUGGGACUUUCAGAGGAUGCAGCCCUGCAGUUUCUCAUCUUCGGACUUUUCCUUUCCACGUACCUGAUCACUGUAAGUGGGAACCUGCUCAUUGUCCUGGCCAUUCUCUUAGAAACCCACCUCCACAUUCCCAUGUACUUCCUCCUCGCAAACCUGUCCUUGGUCGACAUCUUCUUGACAUCCAUCACCAUCCCCAAGAUGCUGGUGAACAUCCAGAAGCAGAUCAAAACCAUCAGCCAUGCAGGCUGCAUCACACAGAUGUUCUUCUUCUUAAUUAUUGUAUUGCUGGACAACUUUCUUCUGGCUGUGAUGGCCUAUGACCGGUUUGUGGCCAUCUGUCACCCGCUAAACUAUACAGUCAUCAUGAAUCUCCGGCUCUGUGUGCAGCUGGUUCUGCUGUGCUGGACCAUCAGUGUCCUGGUUGCCCUUAUGCACAGCUUACUGGUGCUGAGGCUGAGCUUCUGCACACACGUGGAAAUUCCCCACUUUUUUUGUGAGUUGAAUCAGGUGGUCCACAGAACCUGUUCUAACACCUUUCUCAAUGACCUCAUACUAUAUUUAGCAACUGUGCUGCUGGCGGGAGGCCCCCUGACUGGGAUCCUGUACUCCUACUCCAAGAUCGUCUCCUCCAUCCGUGCCAUUUCAUCCGCUCAAGGCAAGUAUAAAGCCUUUUCCACCUGUGCCUCUCACCUCUCUGUAGUUUUCUUAUUUUAUGGCACAGGUUUAGGUGUGUACCUUAGUUCUUCUAUUAGCCAUGAUUCACAUUCCACUUCAAUGGCCUCGGUGAUGUACACAGUGGUCACCCCCAUGCUGAACCCCUUCAUCUACAGCCUGAGGAACACAGACAUGAAGAAGGCUCUGAAAAGAGUGUUGUUCCAUAAAUGCUAG